GAAUUCCUAUUUGAGCAUAUAUUCAUUUUUGAACUUACCGAUAUCAUGUCGUCGCCAGAUAAAGAGGACGUCGCCAAUUCUGACGACAGUCAAUUGCCAGAGAUUGAGAAUGAAGAACAGCUGGCCGCGACGCCCUUGAGUGGGGAUAUAUUUGCAGAGAUUGACAAACGCCUGGGCUUGCUGCUGGAACGGGCCAAUAAGCUGGAGAACACGCUGAAUCAACUUAAUGGUAAAUGUUUGACUGAGAAUCAGAAUCUGGAGCUGGACCUAAUUAAGGAUGUGGGCGAUGAUAAUCGCUUUGAAGAUGACAGUGAUUUGACUGGAUCUGACAGCUUAGAUCCAGAUUCGUCAGAUACCAAUGCUGCCAUUGAGGUGCAUCCUGAGGAUUUUGAGAAAAUAUACCUGGACGAACAGGAAGAUUAGUUACAGCUGGGAGCUAUACAGAAGUACAUUGUGAAAAGAAUUUAAAUUCCCCCAUACAUGCACACCAAAUACUUUACACAAAAGAGUAGAGAAAAUUCUUUAUCAAUGUAAACUAACUACGUUAUUGUUGUGAUUUACAUACAUAUGUAAAAUCAAUUGAACUGGUGCCGCCAUCUAUGAGUUAAUUUCCGUAUUAAAGUGAGUUGCUACUUGCCGCAAACUCUGUAUAUGAAUA